GAAAGCCAUGGGGCUUGGAGGGAGAAAAGGGACCGUGACACCUCAUGAGCAGAAUCCAAGCCCAAGACCUAAGGGUCCUAAAAUGAGUAAAAGAAAGAUGAAGAGGACAGAAAAGAGAGAGAUGGAGGACCUGAAGAAGGAAGUGGUCAUGGAUGAUCACAAAUUAACCUUGGACGAGCUGAGCACCAAAUAUUCUGUGGACCUAACCAAGGGCCAUAGCCCUGAAGAGGCACAGGAAACCCUGGCUCGAGAUGGACCCAAUACACUUAGCCCACCCCCUACCGCUCCAGAAUGGGUUAAAUUCUGAAAACAACUGUUUGGCGGUUUUUCCCUCCUACUGUGGACUGGUGCCAGUCUCUGCUUUGUGGCCUAUGGCAUCCAGUUAUAUUUCCAUGAGGACCCUACCAAAGAUAAUCUGUACCUCGGCAUUGUACUAACAGUCGUGGUCAUCAUCACCGGCUGCUUCUCCUAUUAUCAGGAGGCCAAGAGCUCCAAGAUCAUGGAGUCUUUUAAGAUCAUGGUACCUCAGCAAGCUCUGGUAAUCCGAGGCGGAGAGAAGAUUCAGAUCCCUGUACAAGACGUGGUGGUAGGAGACCUGGUAGAAGUGAAGCGGGGAGACCGGAUCCCUGCUGACAUCCGGCUUAUCUCUUCACAAGGAUGUAAGGUGGACAACUCAUCCUUGACAGGAGAGUCAGAGCCCCAAUCCCACUCCUCUGAUUUCACCAAUGAGAACCCUCUGGAGACCCAAAAUAUCUGCUUCUUCUCCACCAACUGUGUGGAAGGGACAGCCCGGGGCAUCGUGACUGCCACAGGAGACUCCACAGUGAUGGGCCGAAUUGCCUCGCUGACCUCUGACCUGGCAGUGGGCCAGACCCCCAUGGCUAUGGAGAUCGAGCACUUCAUCCAUCUGAUCACAGCAGUGGCCGUCUUCCUCAGUGUCACUUUCUUUGGGCUCUCACUUAUCUUGGGCUACAUCUGGCUGGAGGCUGUUAUUUUUCUUAUUGGCAUCAUUGUGGCCAACGUGCCUGAGGGGCUGCUGGCCACCAUCACUGUGUGUCUGACCCUGACAGCCAAGUGCAUGGCUCGGAAGAACUGCCUGGUGAAGAACCUGGAGGCGGUGGAGACACUGGGCUCCACCUCCACCAUCUGUUCCGACAAGACGGGCACCCUCACCCAGAACCGCAUGACCGUCGCCCACCUGUGGUUCGACAGGACCAUCUAUGAGGCUGACACCAGCGAAGAACAGACUGGGAAUUCAUUUGCCAAGGGCUCUGAUACCUGGUUUAUCCUGGCCCGAAUCGCUGGCCUCUGCAACCGGGCUGAUUUUAAGGCUAAUCCGGAGUACCUUCCCAUAGCUAAGGUGUCAGCAGGGGAUGCUUCUGAGUCAGCCCUCCUCAAGUUCAUCGAGCAGUCUUACAGCUCUGUGAAGGAGAUGAGAGAGAAAAGCCCCAAGGUGGCAGAAAUUCCCUUUAAUUCUACCAACAAGUACCAGGUGUCCAUCCACCUUCGGGAGGACGGCUCCCAGACCCACGUACCGAUCAUGAAGGGGGCGCCUGAGAGGAUCUUGGAGUUUUGCUCUACUUACCUUCUGAAAGGGCAGCAGUACCCAAUGGUUGAUGAGAUGAAGGAAGCCUUCCAGAAUGCCUACUUGGAACUGGGCGGUCUGGGGGAACGCGUGCUAGGGUUCUGCUUCUUGAGUCUGCCGAACACUUACUCCAAGGGAUUCAAGUUUAACACCGAUGAAAUCAAUUUUCCCAUGGAUAACCUUUGUUUUGUGGGGCUCAUCUCCAUGAUUGACCCUCCCCGAGCUGCAGUGCCUGAUGCCGUGGGCAAGUGUCGGAGUGCCGGGAUUAAGGUGAUUAUGGUAACAGGGGAUCAUCCCAUUACAGCCAAGGCCAUUGCCAAGGGUGUGGGCAUCAUCUCAGAAGGCACCGAGACAGCAGAGGACAUUGCUGCCCGGCUCAAGGUCCCUGUCAGCCAGGUCAAUGUCAGGGAUGUCAAAGCCAUCGUGGUGCACGGCUCAGAACUAAAAAAUAUGAACUCAGAGCAGCUUGAUGAGAUCCUCCAAAACCACACUGAGAUCGUGUUUGCUCGGACCUCCCCCCAGCAGAAGCUCAUCAUUGUAGAGGGAUGUCAGAGGCUGGGAGCCAUUGUGGCGGUGACAGGGGACGGGGUGAAUGACUCCCCCACGCUGAAGAAGGCAGACAUCAGCAUUGCCAUGGGCAUCGCUGCUGGCUCUGAUAUGUCUAAGCAGGCAGCUGACAUGAUCCUGCUGGACGACAACUUUGCCUCCAUCGUCACAGGAAUGGAGGAGGGCCGCCUAAUCUUUGACAACCUGAAGAAAUCCAUCGCCUACACCCUGACCAGCAACAUCCCCGAGAUCACCCCCUUCCUGCUGUUCAUCAUCCUUGGUAUCCCCCUGCCUCUGGGCACCAUAACCAUCCUCUGCAUUGACCUGGGCACUGACAUGGUCCCUGCUAUCUCCUUGGCUUAUAAGUCGGCCUAAAGUGACAUCAUGAAGAGGGCUGCAUGGAAUCCAAAGACUGAUAAGCUGGUGAAUGACCAUCUCACUGGUGUGGCCUACGGACAGAUUGGGAUGAUCCAGGCUCUGGCAGGAUUCUUCACCUACUUUGUGAUCUUGGCUGAGAAUGGUUUUAAACCUACUGAUCUGCUGGGCAUCCGCAUCAGCUGGGAAAAUCGAUACCUCAAUGACCUGGAGGACAGCUACGGACAACAGUGGACCUAUGAACAGCACAAGGUGUUGGAGUUCACAUGCCAAACGGCCUUCUUUGCCAGCAUCGUGGUCGUGCAGUGGGCUGACCUCAUCAUCUGCAAGACCUGCAGAAACUCUGUCUUCCCGCAGGGCAUGAAAAACAAGAUCCUAAUAUUUGGGAUCUUGGAGGAGACGUUCCUGGCUGCUUUUCUGUCCUACACUCCAGGCAUGGACGUGGCCCUGCGAAUGUACCCACUCAAGAUAACCUGGUGGCUCUGUGCCACUCCCUACAGCGUCCUCAUCUUUGUCUAUGAUGAAAUCAGAAAACUCAUCAUCUAUCGUCACCCUGGCGGCUGGCUGGAGAAGGAGACCUACUACUAAACUCAACAGAGGAAGAUCUUCACAUGACAUCAGGGUGUCCUGAGCGCCAGGUGGGGGAGGGUUGCGGUAAUGAGUUUGGGAAAACUGAGAGUGCACAUCAGUUGGGGCAGGGAGAUGCCAGGAGGAAGAACUUUG